AUGGACUCAAGUCGGACAGUCUCGGAGAUAAAGUCGUCUUUUCUACGCACCCAAGUCCGCAUCUUAUCAGAGACAUUAGCACCGCCUGAAGACUGGAAGAAUUAUGCCGGUGCGACGGAAGAAGGCGAUCUGCCUGAGAAGGUGAUCUCCGAUGUCUUGCAAAAAGUGAACGUCGCUGCCAAGCAACAUCACCGCAUUGUGUACUCGUCGCAGGCCAUCCAUCACGUCGCCCAACAAAUCGCUAGCCUCUACUGGUCUUCAAUCAACGACGAGACGCAAGAUCGAGUAUCAUUUCUUGAUGGUGUGGAAAAGACCACGGAUCUUUCCCGGCAUACAACUAUUACAAAACUACCCCUUGACAUCGAAUCAUUCGGUGCGAGUGAUGACUCAAACUCAAGGUACCAACAGCUGCGAGAACAACUUCAAGUAUUAGAUGAGAGACGUCUACAGCGCCAGCAAAGACUUGAUCAGUUGCGGCAUCUGAAGCGCCUUUUGGAGCCCUUUCAAGAUGCACGAAAGGACAUCCAGCCCAACCUUGUCACCCGCGAUGGAGAAUUGGUCCAAGAGCUUGAGAAAAUGCGGAUGCUCGCCGCUCGUGUGGGAGGGCGACUCUCUCAGCAGAAGCACAAAAUGCGCCCGGACAAUGCGUCAAACGCAGACUAUUUACUUCCCGGAUCAACUGCCAGACUGGAGGCUCUGUUGGACACCGACUGA